AUGCCUCUGGUGAGGUUGCAGGUGAGGAAUGAGUUCAGUUUGGGACAGCCUGAGUUGUACAGAGAGACCAGCAGAGAGGACCCUAAAGCUGUGUUGGAUGGUGUGGCUGUGGCUGGUCUUGUUGGGAUCUUGAGGCAACUUGGUGAUCUUGCCGAUUUCGCAGCAGAGGUUUUUCAUGGUCUGCAGGAGCAAGUAAUGACAACAGCUUCCAGGAGUCAUAGAUUGAUGGUUCGUGUUCAAAACAUUGAAGCUUCACUACCUGCCUUGGAGAAGGCUGUAUUGGCACAAACAAGUCACAUACAUUUAGCUUACACAGCUGGUUGUGAAUGGCAUCCACGCAUAAAACCUGGCCAAAAUCAUUUCAUUUACAAUGACUUGCCUCACUUUAUUAUGGAUUCAUAUGAAGAAUGUCGUGACCCUCCACGUGUACACUUGCUUGAUAAAUUCGAUACUGGUGGCCCAGGAUCUUGUUUCAGGAGAUAUUCUGAUCCAACCUUCUUUAAAAGAGUAUCUGCUGAUUCAGAUGAAUCUUACAUUGAGAAGACCGAGAAAGCAAGGAAAUCUCAUAAAAGCAAGAAGAAAAGGGCGCGAAGGAAUGGAGAAAUUUUGAGAGGUGAACAGAGGCAUAGCAGUAGUGGCAGAAUGCAAUCUGUUGUUUCUGCUGUCAAUGGGCGAAUUUCUUCCUCACAAACAGCCUCCACCAUAGAUAUGAGAAUGAAGUCAGAUCUGGAACAUUAUUCAAAUUCUUUUGAUUCAAAAUCUGGUGCUGGCUACAUUGAAUGUGUUUUCCAUCCAAGUAAUUCUAUGCGAUCUGAUGAGCCAGAUUAUAAAGAGCCAUCCUCUACUAGGUUGACACAGAAAACUGAUACUCUGCCACCAGUAUCUCCUCCAAUAGAUGAUAGUAUUUCACAUGAUUCAUUGGAAAAGCAAGUUGCCUCUAGUUCAUCUGGUGUCACUUGGGAUGAAAAGGAAGAGAUAGUGGAACCUACUAGUCAAGCCCAUGAUCGAGAUGACACACCAGAUAGGCUUGUGGAAAAGCAUGACUCAGAUAUGAAUGCUAAUGAGGCUGUUACCAUGACAAACAUUGACCACAAUCAUAUCCUACUUAAUGAAGAAAGCAACCUGAAACUCGUCUCCAACAGGGUUCAAACUGAUGAUAUUGAUAGUGAACCCGAUAAUUACGAGGAUGCUCUCAAUACCAUUGAAUCAGAAUCUGAAAAUGAUAUUGAUUAUAUAACCAAACGAGAGGUUCAACAAUUCACUUCACAUGUCACUCAUGGAAUUAUUGAAAAUGGAAUUACGGAAUCGCCUCCUAAUUUACUGGACAGUAAUUUAUCCAACGUGAUUUCCCAGACUGAGUAUUCUGUUCGCUUAAAUGAAGAGACAGCCAUAAAUUUAGCUGAUUCACUGCAAGAAAAUCAUGUUCUUGAUCUUGUAUCAAAGCCAAAUACAUCUAAUUUGGAAUCUGUAAGUCCAUCCGAUGUCCUUGAUAGUGAAAACUUAACCAGUGACACUGCUUCCUUAAACAAAGAAACAUUCAGGGAUUUGCCUAAGUCACUGCAAGAUACCCUUCCUCUUACAUCAGAGCCACAUGCAUCUAAUUGUGGAGCUGUGAGUCCAUCAAAUGUUUCUUAUAGUGAAGAAAUGACUAGAGAUACGGUUUGCUUCAACAAAGAAACGUUUGGGAACUUGCCUGAUUCAUUACAAGAAAUUCUUCCUAUCACAUCAAAGUCAAAUGCAUCCAAUUUGGGAUCUGGGAGUCCAUUAGAAAUUCUUUAUAGUGAAGAAAUUACUAGAGAUACCCUUUGCUUCAACAAAGAAACGUUUGGGAACUUACCCAACUCAAUGCUAGAAAUUUCUCCUCUCACAUUAGAGCCACAUGCAUCUAAUUUGGGACCUGGGAGUCCAUCAGAUGUUCGAGAGACGAUUAGAGACACAAUUUCCUUAAACAGAGAAAUGUUCAGUAAGUUACCUGACUCUGUGGAAGAAGUUCCUCUUUGCACAUCAGGCGAACAUGCAUCAUAUUUGUCAUCUGUUAGUCCAUCAGAUGUUUCUGUUAGCAAAGAAAUAGCCAAGACUAUAGCUGAUUUGCAUCCUUCCAAGACACCUGCGUGUGAACAGGCUCCUCACACACUUGGAAAUUCUGUUUUGGAUCACUCUGUAUGCACUGAUACGUACAUGGGUUCUUCUACUGUCAAUAAUACGUUGUCAGCACCAAUUGAAACCACUGUAGCAUUUUCUGGUUCCGAAAGCACUACUUUACCAGAUGAGGAAGCAGGUAAGAUCAGUACCAGUAUCUGCAAAUAUGACGAGACACGGAAAGAGUCUUUGACUGAUAACUCAGUUAGGUUUUGGACCAAUGGUGGAUUAUUAGGACUUGAGCCAUCAAAACCACCUGAUUUUAACAAGUCAAAUUCUUUAAGUCAAGGGCCUUCGAGCGCAAAAAGUGAAACAGAUGGUGCUUCAGGUCAUAGUGCAGUGCAAAAGAGCGAUGAUUAUGAAGAGGAACAGGAAUUGUCAGAAGAGAUUGCAGAACAGAUUCUAAAGGAACCAAGUUCUAGAUUCAUAAAAUCAGGCCAUAAUGAUGACCAAGCUUGUACCUCUGAAAAGACCACUUGCAAAUCUCAGCAGAGUAACGGAUUUGGUCAGACCGAAAGAAAUAGUUUAGGGGAAAUCAGAGUAAUUACUCCUGGAAGAGGUCUCCCAUCAGCCCCUGACACGAAGGACAGUACUGAACCUGACCAGGGAAAUGGCGAAAACUCAUCACGAGUGUUUGGACUUAGUCGUAGAUUAUUAAUAAAUAGCUUUCAGCGGAAAGUUUCUUUUGAUGAAAAAUCUGAACAUUAUAAUUCUCUGAAAUCUGUUAUACUGGAGCAGAGUGGUCAAAAUGACAUUGUAGGACAAUCAUUUCCUGAGACAACCACUCUCAAAGAGAAAGUUAGUUCUGGAUAUCCUAUAAAGUCACUUCCUCCUUCACCUCCACUUGAACACAUGAAAAUAUCUUUCCAUCCUAUCAUUGGUCUAGAGACCUCCAAACUAAAACUGAAAUUUCCUGAUGGCAGUAAUCGUCAUGAAAGCAUAAAGGAUAUGUUUCCUUCUUUUCAGUUGGUCCCUGAAUCUUCCAUUCCUCUGGAUGGUUCAGUUUCUCACUCUGAUGAUGAUGACACUUUCUGUAGAUCAUCUCCAUACAUAUCAGAUGAUUGUCGAAGCCCUCGCUCUGACUAUAAUUCUGAUCAGUGGGAAUCUGAUGAAACUCCUGAAAGCAGUGACCAUGGAGUACAUGAUUCUCCUCGCAGAAGGUCAUCAACCGAGUUUGUGUCCAAUGAUGAUGCCAAUGUUAAAAGUGGAAAUGGUACAUGUACCUCAAAUGGCGUGGAACAUUCUUUAUCGAGGCCUUUACUUGAUUUUCCAAGUUAUGAUAAUGUUAAUCCUGCACUUGAGAAAGAAAGUAAAAAGCAUUCCGAAUGCAAUAAUGCUGUUAUGCCACAUGGUCAUGCAGAGCCUACACCACCUCCACCACCACCUCCUUUUCCUCCAACACAAUGGCGGGUCUCAAAACCACAGUUGGAUAUUACAAAUGAGACACAACAUUGUAUAUCUGACGAUGCUGAACUUAUCAAUAAUCAUAGGCUUCCAGAUUCCACUGUCUUCCUGCAACCUAGGUUCACCAAGGUUGAGCAAAUACAAAUUAGUCACGAUGGUCAUGAGUCUUAUGACAACAUUAUAUAUAAGUUGAAGGACAAGCGUUUCCUGCAACCAGCUCAGCAGAAGUUGCAGGGUCAGAAAGAAGCAAACCACUUGAGAAUGGGAAACGAGACAGAUGAAAGAGAAGAUUUCCUAUAUCAAAUCAGAACUAAGGCCUUCAACCUGAGACCCACAGUAACAGGAAAGUCAAAUGAUGCCACUGGCCCCACUGCAAACGUCAAAGUUACAGCAAUUCUAGAGAAGGCAAAUGCAAUUCGUCAGUUUCUUUUACAAUCGUAUGAUGAACUUGUCUUCAUUACUUUUUACUUUGAAUCUUUGGGCUGUGAAAUUACAAAUCCAGGUAACCCCACAAAAGUUAAUGGUGGGAAAAUGGUUGAGUGUGGUGCAGAGGAAUUUGUGAAGGGUAUUUAUGUGAAGGUGGAAGAUCCUGAACUUGCAUCAAAGUGA